AUGCAUCAGAAAACUAUCAUCAUCACCGGCUGCAAUACUGGCGUCGGCAAGGAAACGGCAAUCGAUCUGGCAAAACGAGGAGCACGCGUUAUCAUGGCUUGUCGUGAUGAUCAGCGUGGAUUACAAGCCGCUCAACAGGUUCGCCAGCAAAGUGGUAACAACAAUGUUACCUACAAACACUUGGAUCUUGCAUCUUUUGCUUCUAUUCGUCAAUUUGCCAAUGAUAUUAUUGAUAAUGAGAAACAAAUUUCUGUACUAAUCAACAACGCAGCUGUAGCUCAUUGCCCUUAUAGCACAACACAAGAAGGAUUUGAGAUGCAAUUUGGUGUAAAUCAUCUUGGCCACUUUUUACUAACCAACUUGUUAUUAGACAAGCUAAAGGAAUCUGCUCCCAGUCGAAUCGUUAUGUCUCCUCCGGUAUAUACAAAUAUGCAACGAUUGAUUUCGAUGAUUUGCAUGGUUAAAUUAGCUAACCUUCUCUUUGCCCAUGAGUUAAAUAAGAAACUUCAAGGCUCUGGUGUCACAGUCAAUUCUUUGCAUCCUGGAGUAGUCAGAACUGAUUUAGGAAGGCACUACGAAUGGGCCAAGUCAUAUUGGGUUGUUCUAUUAAGGCCUUUGCUGAUGUUAAUAUUAAAAACGCCUUUGCAAGGUGCUCAGACAUCUAUUUACUGCGCUGUUGCAGAAGAAUUGGAAGGUGUUUCUGGUCGUUAUUACAGCGAUUGCAUGGAAAAGAAAUUACUACCAAGGGCUAAAGACGAUGAAGUUGCCAAGAAACUAUGGGAUAUUAGCUGCAAACUUGUCAAUCUAACAGAAAGUAAAAAGAAAUAG